AGUCACGUUUACUUUUCCUGUCACCCGUGCUUUUAAUUUGUAGACUUUCCUGUUUCUCUAAGUUCCUCUUCCGGUUUCUUUUUUCUAACAGGAAGUUGAGCGUUUAGAGGGGAAACACGGAAUGUCAGGUGUUUGUCUGAUUAAAAACAAGCCAAUGUUGAGAAGUUAGGACGUUUUGAAGCAUCUUAUGUGGUGAAAGCGUCUUACAAUCUUCUAACAAGCCCUUUACAAGCUUCCCCUGCAACAAUCAGCAUCUGGUCAUGAAGAGGGUGGUCUCAUUCCGCCGGAGCGAGGGGCAGAAGGGAACGUGCCCGAAUUUGUGCACUGAUGACGGAAGGUCAAUAACCCGCAGCCUCUUGUCUCCUCUGCGUCCGGGGAUUCAGCAGAAAGACGAUCUGUUGGAGCCACUCUCCCAGUUUGGGGGUUGCUGUUACGAGCGCCCCCACUACCACGGGGACCACGCUCGCCUUGACCGUCCACAUCCGUUCCAGCUGCUCUUUCAACCUUUGGGUUCAAAGCAGCCACACAAGACGCACCUGAGAACACCCACUGUCGCCUGUAUUGGCUUUGGCCACGCCCACUUUCUAUUAUCUUCCACAGCGGCCUCAGGAGAUGAAGUCACAUAAUCCACGAUCCCCACCCAAGGUGGUUGCAGUGCUGUUUGGAUACUCACAGAAAGAAGUAUUAUGUACACACUUUGUCAACGGAACCCGCUGGAGAUCAAAUCUGUGCCAAUCUCACACCAAAGUGACUCCCAGAAACGACUUUAAUAAUCAUAACGGAUAGAUGAAAAAUGGGCUGCUUCACGUUGGUCAAAGGGAUGAUGGUCUUCUUCAACUUGCUGAUUAUUCUGGGGGGUCUGACCUUGCUGGCCAUGGGAAUCUGGGCCAGUGUGGACGAGGGGACCUACCUUCAGCUGCUGGACCCUUUCUCCAGCCGUGGCCUGCAGCAAGUCAACGUUGGCUUUUUCUGCAUCGCCCUCGGAGCCUUUCUCUUGGUGCUGGGACUGCUGGGCUGCUGCGGCGCUGGCAAGGAGAGCAAAUGUCUGCUGCUCACGUUCUUCUCCAUCAUCCUGGUGCUUUUCAUCGCUGAGCUCGCAGCUGCUGUCGUCGCUCUGACCUAUUCCUCAUUUGCGGAGGAGAUCCUCCGAGCGUGGGCGACUCCUGCCCUACAGAAGGAUUAUGGAAGUGAUCCUGUGCUCAGCAACAUGUUGAACGACACCAUGAGCGAGCUGAAGUGCUGCGGUUUCACCAACUACACAGACUUUGUGGGCUCCCACUUUGCUGGCAAUUUACCACCAACCUGCUGCCUUGCUGACGUCUUCCCCUGCAGCCAGGAUGAAGCCAAGGAAAGUUCUGUUGAGGGUUGUUUUCAACAAAUCCUGAAGUUGCUCAAAGAGAACGCAAACAUUGUGGGAGGCAUUGCAGCGGGAAUUGGUGUCUUGGAGAUCACGGCCAUGGUCGUGUCAAUGUACUUGUACUGUCACCUGGACAAAAGAGUCAGCUGAGAAGGCAACAGAAGAAACUAUUAAAUAUAUAUUCAAUAUACAUAGUACAGUGUGAGGAAUAGUAUUUGAUACAAUGAUGUUUUUUGUUAACUUUUAUGUUAAUCUUCCAGUGAGAAAGAAAAUGUAAAAAAAAAAAAAAGAAAGCUUAUGAAAUAUUUUGUGUUGGCAAGUACUGUUUCUUGAGGUUGUACUUAUAGUAGUGUAAUUGUAUUUGUCAUCAUUGUAGUUUGUUGUAGUACUUGUUGUAAUAUACUUGUA